CGUCGAGUGGGAACGAGAGCGCAAGUGGCAGCGGCAGCGGGGGCACGAACACGAGUGGGAGUGGGAACAGGGGGACACGGUCGGGGGGAUCCGUCGGGCUCGGGACGACACGGACGGUGGAAGAGGCCGAGAUGGAGGAUACGCUGGUGGGCACGGCGUCUGGCAGCGGGAGCGGCUCGCAGAUGAUGCCGGGCCGGGGGCGGAGGGGUGGCGUGGACGCGGAGGUGCAGGAAAUGGUGCGCGGGCUCGUCUGACGCGUGCGUCUGUGCUGGAUCCGCACGCCUGUGGAGCCGGCUGUCGACCGCCCGUCAUCUGGACGCCCCCUCUGGCACCGGCGUUGACAUCCCCGGCGCUGUCUCGCCAUCUGCUGAAACGCGCAGGAACGCUCGACCGCCAUCCAGCUAGUGCUCAAACUCGCAGCGACGAGGGACAGGACCGUCUAUCGCCCGUUCACAGUGACCCUCUUCCCCUGCGAUACGACGGGCGAAGGCGUGCAAAUCGACUUGCUCGGCACAGAGAAAUCGCUCCUUGCGCAUAUAUGCAGAUCACCCAAACGGGCGUGAUAGAUCCGUUGGCUGUCGGAGUGUCCGUAGCAACUCACGGUUAUGGGGCUCUGAUCUAUCGCAAUGAACACACCGGACCGUGUACGGAUGAGGUGAAAUGAACGGCGUAGGGCAGGGGGCGAGCAGAUAUCUAUGUACGCAUGCGGCAGGAACGCGUUAAUAGACAUCACGCGUCACGGAUUGUCGCCCAUGAUUCCAGCACCAGUCUCCGCGCACGUAUGAAUACUCUUGCCUUCCAUCAAGACUUCCGCCCGCCCGGUCUGAGGUCAAUCUCGGGGAAGUCUUGUGCUGUCUCGAACGCGUGUUGCAACUGCGCACGCUGCUGAGCGCUCACGUCCGCGCUGGAGACGCAGAGAGCGAUGCGAUCCACCGGGGGAACGAUGGGGAAGUACGACGCGAGGUGCGUCUGUUGAUCCCUAGGAUAUAUCAGGUGCGCUGCUGCGCACAACAGCGCCGAACAGUCCUUGGAAGCGGGGAUGGUUAUUUCAGGAUGACUUGUGUCGAAAAGUUGCCUGACGUGCGCAGGUAACAUGAUUGCUACCGUAGCAGGUCGUACUACGUGUCAUGCUGAGCAUCUUUCUGGUCGCCAAUUGGUGAUACUUGUCCUGUAACGGGCUCCGUGCGCAAGGCUCAAGUAGUGUCAUGCCGUGCACCUGUACAGCAAGAGACCGAUUUACUCGCCUUAUAGCUAGAAAGGCUUUUCGAACUCCUCGAUCCGCAGGGCUUUAGCUUUCGUGUCUCUCCAAGUUGCUUUGGGAACACGAUCCUGUCGUCCGGCAGCCGUUACUCAGCCGUUGUCACCCUCAUCGUCUGAAAGCGACAAAACCGUGACUUCACCGCCCUUGGAGUGACAGCAUCCAUACAGCCUGUCGCGCUUCUUCCCUUGCAUGAUUGAUCACGAGCAAGCUCCUGCGUGUUCCGAUCCUUCAUGCAGGGAGCCGCCGCUCUUAGACCUUCCAUGGCCUCCAGCGAGAAUUUUCCUUAGCUCCUUGCCGGACCAAGACACCGUGCAUCUGCCGGCAUUCAAGCAACCGACAAUGCUGCAUCUUGUAGGUUUGACCGAUGCCGAAUUCUGGAAUGCGGACCUGGGAACGGGGGCGGCACUCGUCGCCGUGCUGCAAUUGGUUGCGGUCCCAACCACUACUGCUCUCAGGGCACAGACUGCGACGAGGUCCUAUAUGCAUCGACCUACGAUAGAGGUUAGUGAUCUUGUUAUCCUGAACAUUACACCGGAAGCGACCGCCUUGCGCAGAGCGGUACUACGCGAUGUGUUGACCCCUUUCAAAAUAGCCGUCAUGGCAGCCAAGUCAAUUAUAUCGUACUUCCGCUCUGCAAAACAGCGGUGCAUUUCAUUGGUUGGGAUGAAUGGCUGGAGCCCCCACUGCGCUCGGAUUCAAACUCAAGGUCAAUCUGCCUGCCCGGACGACAGUGCGGGUAUAUACCGUUACCGAUCCACUCCAGCUACUCCGACUUGCCCUGCUCGCGGCCGAAAGCUCGAGGUCGAGAUUAUCUCUGAUCCACGGAAACAUACUAGUGGCUUGGUGGAGGUUCUGACCAUGCUCAACCAAACUGUUUAUGUGUUUGGACAUGGUAAAAAUGUGGUUGUUGGUGGACCUAUCUGGUCAACGGACGACGAGGGGGGGCAUCAUUUAUGACACAAUUAAAAAGGCCGGUUAGCUGAGCCAGCGUUUCCUUUUGCUGCAUCUUGUUGAAGUACAGUCAUUUGAAGACGAUCGUCACG